UAGCAGAAGACGAAAGAGGAAAUAAGAUCAAACCGAAGGCUUUCUCAUGGAGGAAACAAAAACAAAGACAGUUGAAAAUGUUGAGACAGUUGAUGGUUACACAGCAAAAGGUUUGCUUAGUACUGGUCAUCGAUAUCUCGAUGUAAGGACAAAUGAAGAAUUCGCAAAGAGUCACGCUGAGGAGGCCUUGAACAUUCCUUAUAUGUUCAAAACAGAUGAAGGUAGGGUUAUAAAUCCUGAUUUCCUUCCUCAAGUGGCAUCGGUUUGCAAGAAAGAUGAACAUUUGAUCGUGGCUUGUAACUCUGGAGGAAGAGCAAGUCGUGCUUGUGUUGACCUUCUCAAUGCCGGGUACGAGCAUGUGGCUAACAUGGGGGGAGGCUACUCGGCUUGGGUUGACGCUGGAUUCGCCGGCGACAAACCCCUGGAGGACCUCAAGAUUGCUUGCAAGUUCCGCCCCAAGGAUAACUAAACUGGU